AUGAGAGACGGCAGGCCGCGGAGACGCUGCUGGAGGCGGUUCCUGACGGAGGGGCUGCGGCGAGAAGCGCGCCUUCUCCGGCGAGCGAGAAUGCGAGCAGCAGGAGGAGGGGAAGACUGCACAAGACGUGGAGGAUCGCAGGCAAGCCGAAAUACACACACCGAGGACCCGACCGAAGCUCCCUCUCCAUCAGCCGACGCUGCAGUCGCCUCAGGAGAAGAGAUGAGAGAGGAGGAGGCGGAAGGAACCCGAGAUAGCACGCAGAGAAGAGACGGCUGGGCGGCAAAGAUCCGCGUUGCGGACGAUGCCUCGGCGCGAGGAGAAUAA